ACAUACUAUGUUAACAAGUAUCAGUUAAGAGUUUGAUUUCUAUGAACGGUUUAUUUUAGCGUGGUGCCUGACGUCUAUUUUAGUACUAUAGCAAGAUGGCUAAAAUGCAGGGUCUUACAUGGCAAACUUUUAAAAAGAAUUCGAUGUUAGCACCGUUGUUUUUUUGUAUCGGAUUCGGAGCAUUGUUCUCAUCGGGUUAUUUAUUACGUCUGGCUUUUCGGAGCCCUGAUGUUACUUGGAAUGCUAGAAGAAAUCCUGAGCCAUGGAACGAGUAUAAAGACAAAGAAUAUAAGUUCAUAUCGAUUCAAGAUAGGUCUAAGUACUAUGCUUCACCUCCAGAGUACUAAAAAGCAUGUUCUUUGCUAAAUUAGUGCUAAUUAGAAAAAGUUAAAUGAAAUUGAAUUAACUUGUAAUAUAUAUAUGUAUGUAGAUGAUUCUCAAUUAUGAUAGUUAUUAUUACUAUACUGUAAGUGAUAAUUAACAACACUAUCAAUUUAUAAAUACAUUGUAUACAUAAAAUUUAAAUGGUAAAUAAUAUUUAAAUAUGAAAUAAA